AUGACGGAUAAUCCACCUCCACCAAAAAGACUGUUGGAUGACUACGGAGGUGCAAAUGCACCAACCGGCAGAUUAACAAUUGUCGACCAACUAGUGAACGUGGCUAAUUUCCAGUUACAUCCUAGUACUACUAAUCAGCUAGAAAGGAAGCAUUUCACUGGAAAGGUAAAUGAAGAUGCAAACAAGCAUUUGCAGAGAUUUUUGACCAUGAGCAACACUCUAAAAAUUGAUGGUCACACCGAAGAAGCUAAGAAGUUGAGAAUGUUCCCGUUCACCUUAGCGGAAGAAGCCGAAGAAUGGUUAUAUUCUCUACCUGCUGGUAGCAUCACAUCUUGGGAAGAGAUGGAAAAAGCCUCCCUGAAUGAGUAUUUUCCAGCUUCGGUUUUUCUGCGAAAAAGAUGUCAAAGUAAACCAGAAGGGGUUAUCGAUUUAAAGCUGGAAACCAAUAAAAUCCGUAUUGAAGAUACUAUAGCUACCGAAGUUGAGAAGAAGCUGAAGGCGAUGAAUAUAGGUACUCAACAGGUGGCACAGGUCCAACCGGCUCCUACUGAGAUUUGUAAUGGUCCGCACCAAACGCAACAACAAGCCCCGAAGAAAGCUGAUUGGGAGAUUGCCAUUGAAAGAAUGGAAGCUCAUAAUGGUCAAUUCCAAGAAGAAACCCGAAACAAUCAGAAAAACACCACAACAUCCAUAAAAAAUCUUGAAGUCCAGAUGGGUCAAAUAGCACAACAAUUAGCCUCGAGUUCCCAAGUACAAGGUGUUCUAUCAAGUGCAACUGUGACAAAUCCUAGAGAGCAUAAUAAUGUGAGCAUUGUGACAACAAGAAGUGGUAAAUCUGAUGAAGUAGUUGAGGAGUUGGAUGAAGAGGAAGAUCAAUUGAUCGAAGUGGAUCUUGAGAUCAAAGAAAAUGAAGCAUAA